AUGACGGUAUGAUGAAAUACAAACAGUUUUCAAAUUUCAAAAUGCAAAUUUUCAAAAUUUCAAAUCAUGCACCCAUUUUUUUUAUGAACGUAUUUUAUGAGGGAACCACAAUCACUCGAAAGUGUUUUUCAUGCAGGCCCUCAGAUUAUUAAAAUACAAUCAACAAAGGUAAAAUAUUAAAAGAUAGUAAAGCAGAUCCACACAGCAUAUUGCACUAAAUUAUAUCUAUAAUCAUACGAGUAAAAGUGCUGGUCACUAUUUAAAAUUGUGACUAAAGAGUUCAAACUAGAUUUAUAAACUACGAAUACAAAUUCCAAUACUUAGACUUAAAAUUCAGGCUAAAAUAUUCCAAUCCUUAGUAAAAUGAUAGUGUGUUCUUAAUUGUCCCCAGUGAGUAUUUAUGACAGGUAUAAGAUGAUCUUUAUUUCUUGUAUUGUAUGAAUGGACCUCACUGGGGAUAUAUAAUAUUACAUCUUCUGGGAAUAUCAGCCGCCAAACAACACGUGGAUUAUUACCAACAAAUAAAUCACAAUAACGAUACGGCUCUGAUUGCCCCAUAUAUAAUAUUAGAAUAUGAUCAAGUUUUUUUAUGCAAAUUGCAUGGAAUAUUCGAUCUAUAUAUAUGAUUUUUGGAUUUUCAUGCAUGCAAACAUAUUAAGUGACUUGACGUUAUCUAAAACUAUUUUUCAGGAAUAUACUCAGAAUAGACUUCAGAUCUGUUGUCAUAGGAUUCAGUCUAGAAUUUACUCGCGGAGCUCAACCCACUCAUUUUAAAAGUUACAACUGAAUAUCAGAGCAUUCUUUUGUACCCAAUCGGAGCCACGUUUCAACAGCAAGAAUGUUUACAAUGAAGAGAUAUAUUCCAAAUCUGUAGUUCGGGGGAAAGUCGAUGUGACGCAUGCAGUGACUGCAAGUGUAAAACACAAAUACAGUGAAAAAUUGAUGAUUUUAUCAGUGAUAUAUCACAACACAGUGUGAUAAACCAAUUGCACCACUUCACUCCUUAUGUAUGGGAAUUUGAGAAUUCCAGAUACAAUUUGAUUCCAGUUACAAUUCCAGAUUGAAGUUUCGUUUAAGCCUAGUGAUUUAUUUCAAUACAUCAAAAUUAUCCCGUCAUUCAUCCCGCCCCGGCUACCUGGGAUCAUGUGAACAGCCCCUAAUUCUUGCUUAGCAGCCUCGCCUUUUCUCGCUUAUUAACGGUAGCUAAUUUGGGUAUUUCAUUCAAGUAUUUGUGCAAAUGUCCACAUUCCACAAGAAGUCGAAAGAGCCGGCCUCGGAUCGGUUUUCGAUCGCUCUAAUUUAGAUCGAUUAUACAAAGUGUGAACGUACGGCCCCCGAGACGCGGUUUCUCGUGUGAUCAUGAACUAAAUGCAAUAGGUUUUUUAUGUGACCGUCAACUAUAGGCGUAAUAGGUUUUUUCAUGUGAAUUAUUAAACUAUGAUCAAACUUAAGUACAGUAAACGUAAUUUGAAUACAUAACCCCCUUUCCUCUAUGGCUAACGCUUAUACUGCGUUCAACUUCAGAUCACCCGUGAAGAAGACACAAAACUGGAAGACAAAAACGAUCCACUGUGUAAAAUGUAUUGACGUAGAAUUAAAAGCAUAAAUAUUUCAGCAUAAAGCAUCGAAAUAUUAUUAUUGGCUUCUGGAUUAUAUCAUACCUCAACAUCCAAGUCUUCCGUCUUAGUUGAUCAAUUAUACGAAAACAAGGUCAAAGAGUUGACAUGUUCCAUUAAACAAAACAGAAAUGUAAAUAAUGAAUGCGUUUUAAGCCAAGGGGUAUAGUGACUUAAAUGCUAGAUUUUCCUAUAUUCCUUUCACAAUAAACACGACAUUUACCAACAAGUAUGUAAGAUGGUCGUUAUACUACCUGGUAAGUAAAAAAAAAAAGCCUUAUAGUUGAAAGAAAAGUAAAAUAAGAAUUUUUUCUUUAUCUAUAUGCAUAAUCAUUUUGCGCGGACAAACUUCCUUCAGCAAGAAAAGUUAAAUCUAUGAUUACAUGAGUCAUUGACAUAAAUCAACACAGUUGAUUCUUUCAAUACAAAUGCGCUUUCCUUACGAAAAUUUCGUCAUUUGAGGUCAGUUCGAAGAAGAGAGAAAUUUUUACAACAGCCGCGCAACUGAAAAUGAGGGUGUUGCCAGCAGUUUUAACUUUGACUCUUGUUACAACGCUUUGCGCCGUAAGUAUACAUAACUCACAAGUAAUUGUCUAACUUGAUUUUAAAUAAAGCAAAUAAAGCAAAUAAAGACAAAUACAUAUAUUUUCUAUUUGUGGCGUUUUUUGGUUUAUCAUAGAACAUGUACGAUAUCAAAGUAGGCACGAACUCAAAUAUCAAAUUUGAGUGUAUUUCGUUGAACCUAUAUCAAGUUUUAUUUAGUUUUCUAUUCAAAUUUUAUACUUACUUUGAUUUAAGACUGAAUUAACAAUAUACAGGAUGGGCAUAACUCUAUAGGGAGAACAGUUUAUAGAAAUAAUAGAGCUAGCUAUUUAGUAUAAAUAAAGUCAUUUCAUGCAGUAAUAAACGAUGGUCCUCAUUGGACCUCUCAUGGAAGAUGCAGUAUAAACAUUGAAACUAGAAUAUAUAGAAUAGAAUAUAUUUGCUCACAAAAAAUAUUUACAAUGGGAAUAUAGCUAAAAUACAAUAAUAUAAAGGAGCUAUAGGGACCUUUUGAAAUCCUGUUGGAGUUUUGAUAUAAGGCCCCUAUAUUGUUUGGAAUAAAAUAAAAUACAUAAAUCUAAAUUGGUUCAAUAUAUAUCAUAUGUUUUAGCUAACAAUAUUUAUAUUAACAAGUAAUUUAAUUUUGCUUUUUUCAAAGGAAAAAUACGAUUUUUGAUUUUUAAUCUCUUCAUCAAGACAAUUCCAUAUGGAAAUUCCCUUGUUAUAAACAGUGUGAAUACGAUAGUUCGUCCUUUUAUAACGAACGUGCAAUUUUGAAGAGUUUCGCGUACUUAUAAUUAUGCAAUUCUUUAUUUUGAAUAAAGUAAUAAUUGUAAAGGUUUGGCAAAUUUUGAUCAUAAUUCAUGCAGCGAUACAUAAAUAGACUGCAAAGAUGAUCAUUAAUUUUGUAGAUAUUCAAGAUUUUAAGAUUAAAAAAUAAAGCUGUAUAAGAUUUAAAACUGAUAGUGCUAUCCAUGCAGUAUAAAAAUAGUUAGUUUAGUUAGGUUUUCUGUAGUAACACAGUCACGGGACCAAUAGGGAUGGUCUUUAUGGGACCUUUUGAAAGAAUAGUUGAGACAUGAUAGAACUAUCAGCAUAAAAUUAAGUUAGCUUAGUUUAAUGCUUUUGUAUAUAGUAAGUAUACUAUAACAAAGAACAAAUGCAUGAUGGCUCUUCCUGGAACUCUAAACCCAUAAGGACGAAAGAGAGUUGGACAUAAAUGAAAAAGAGCUACCUAAAUCUCAAUUUAAACACAUCAGGUAAAUCCAUACGAUCCUGGCAUUUGCACAAAAACGAAGAGAGGAAAAUUUAUGGUUGUUAAAGAUUAUAGUGAUGACGAUAAAAUCGUGGUUUGUGUUGAACAUCAUGGAAAAUAUCAAUGGGAUAUGAUCAAUGGUACUAACAUCGUUUCAAAUACAUGUUUUUAUUCGCAUGCCCUUGCACACCAUGCAUGCAUGCAGUACAGUUUUUAAAUUCACAGUUUCUGUGUUUGUGAAGUAACUCUAAAGACAGUACCUUUUUGCUUUUUACUAUGGGGUUGUAAAUGGUGAUUUUGAAGCUUUACAUGUAAAUGUAUAAUGGACUAAAUAAUGUAAUGAGUGAAACAAGCGAAAUUUUACCCACAAACUGACACCCAAUUAAUGAGCGAAACCACUGAACAUUAACGAGCGAGCUACUGAAUUAUUUCAAGAUAUGGAGGGCAAAGUUUUUUUUUAUGAAUUUAUUGGUAAAAAUGUGAGGUACGUAAAAAAAGGCUAAAGGCCCAAAAACGUAAGGCUGGUUUAUACUAUAAAAGUUUCUGUCCGUAAUCACAGUAGGAAUUUUGCAUCGUAUUUGUAAGAAAUGUUUAAAGAAACUCAUUGUUUAACACUAUGGUAGUUAAACACUAUAUUAAUAUGAAAGUUAAAGUUGGUUUAGUAUAAAAAUAAUGAUAAUGCUUAUUACUAAAAUACACCAUCGUACCAUCAUAAUUGAGAAUUUUGCGUUGAGUCAGGUCAUUCGUAUGGCAACUAUUUUGACCCGGCAAAAGAUUGUUCAGAUGUUGUUGACAAUGUUCCAACAGCUAAAAGUGGAGUUUACUGGAUUCAAACAGAAAAGGGCCCGGUCAAAGUAAGUAAAAUAAUAAGUGAUUUAUAAUCAGGAUUUGCCUUGAUGAACCCGAUCAUUUUGAGAGCAACACGAAAUUACAGCUGAAUCAAAAGAGAGACAGGAGGAAAGCUGUCUUCAAUAUCCCUGAUAUUGCAAGUGCAUUUCCAUACAGAAUGUGUGGCAAAGUGGAAUGUGUGCCAGUCAACCAUAGGGCUUUUGCCCUUUUUUUGCCCAUAAAAAAACUCAUCAGUGAAUGACAUAAAAAAUUCAAUAAUUCAUUUGUCUAAAUCUGUUUUGGGGAACUCAUGCGCCGUACCGACGAGAGACUCGAUCUUAAUUUCAUCCCUGCAGUCCCAUGCGAGAAGGUGCUUCCAUUUGCGUACUCCAUCAAAUAACAGGAGUUUCCUCUGGGUUCUCCAUACUGGAGUGACAUCGAAUCAAUUAUGAGGGUUGACCCUUACUGGACCUCUAGUAGUGUAGAACUAAUAGAAAAAUCCAGUAGUCCAGUUUACGUUCCCUCCAUUAGUUAUACACACUGGUCAAAUUAGGGAUGACUCUCAAUGGACCUCUGAGAAGAGCAGUUUAUAUUUGUUCAGCUUUCCUAAACUGAGAUUGAUCUUUUUUAUUCAGGGAUGGUGUGAUGUUGAUACAGAUGCUGGUGGGUUCCUGUUGAUUGGUGUCAAAGAUACACCUGAAACCUGGGCUAUACCUUCCAAUUCUUCCCUUGUUCACCCUGAAGGUGUGGCUAGGUGGUCGAGUGCAUUCGGCAAGAAGAAUGUAUUAGAUUUUCGUGUGCAGAUUUCAACGAGUAAAAAUUUUCAUGAUACUCGCGCACAUUGGUAUGUAACGUGUUGUUGUUGUUGUUGUUGACUUGUUGUCAUUGUUCUAAUUUGUUGUUGGUGCUGCUAUUGCUCUUGUUAUUGUUUUGUUGCUGUUACAAUUGUUAUUGUUUUCUUUGCUGUUGUUUUGAUUGUUGUUGUUGUUGUUCGCAUUUUAAGCGAAUACUAUAAAUACUCUACUUUAGGUAUUACCGCUUCAACUCUCCACGCAUUCUUUCAAAAUUACUGAUGUCCGAUGAAGGAGGAUGCAGUCAUCGAUACCCAGGGAUUGGGAACAUUGCCUACGUUAAAGAUCUUAUGACUGCAAAGAUGGCAACAACGACGUUUAAUUGUUCGCGAUUUGGAGCUUCAAUUGCACCUGGACUGGGAUGGGUAUGUCACCCUAUAUAUCCUACUUUUAAUAGCUUUGAUCCACAAGAUUUUAAUUUAUCUACCUUGCAGAGUACUUCAUUUCCCAUCAUUUUUAUUCCACCAGGACAAAAUGAACAGAUGUUUUAAAAAAUCAUGCCCAAUUGGUUUUGCAUAUCUUCUUAGUUAUCAUGUUGACACAUCAGGCUCGUACAGGUAAUUAUUAUGUUAUGAUUUGAAUUAGAAAAUACAAACAUUUUCACAUACCGUCAUGCUGUUUUCCUUCAUGUAGCUACAGUGUUAUGUCUGGACGUUCAGGCAUACAGGACAGUCAAACAUCAUUCAUUGGAUGUGAUCAUGGAAAGGUAAAGUACAUCUAAAAUAUAAACGAGGACACAUUUGAUUUGGGCGACAGAAUUGGUCCCUUGAUCAUAUGAUUUGGUCCCUUGAUCAUAUAUGACUUAACAGUAAUUCAAUCUAAAUUGGUAAAUUAUCAACCUUGAUAAUUUCAAUUUGCGAGCAAGGAGCCCUAGGCAAAAUUUUAUCAUUAGUCUCAGUUUUUUAAAGUUUUAUAUCAAAUACAACAAUGCAUUCAGUCAGUUUGUUUACUGGCCAUUGGACUAGGCCUUGUCCGCCAUUUUUGGGUAUAUAAAUUAAAUAUUUCCCGAUUCGGCAAAAACCUACAAUCAUGGCCAAAUGUUGUGGAACGUAAAGUGCGAUUUCGUGUUUUUACUCUUAAUUUAAAUAAAAAACCCUUCCCCCCAGUCAAUGUUGUUUGGGAAGUUUUCUGCUCGGAAUAAGCAUCACACAAUCUGAUUUAUUAAGGCUAGGAUUAACACUGGAAAGGGGGGACCGGAGGAGUUCCUUUUUCGUGAAAUCUAUGACAAUAUUAUAACUCGCGCGCCUUUACCUUUUAAUUAGCUUGCGUUCCACAAACAUUUGGCUAUGAUUGUAGCUAUAUAAUGCGAUGUUACGAUUUCACAGUGCUGUGCAUGUUUUGGUCCUGACAGUAAGCAGGAUUACUGCGCACCAAAAUGUCAAGCAAUCAAUGGGGGAACUGUUUUAAGAGAAAAGGACAAUAUCACAGUUUGGUUUUGGAUCCGUUCAUCGUUACCAAAACGUGUUUGGAAAAAAUGCAUGGAGUUUAAAGAAAAGAAUAGUGCUGGAAAAAUGGAAACAUUCCGUGUCGAGGAUGGAAUAAGGAGAAAGGUAUGGUAGAACGAAACUAGAAAUACAGGUAGGUAAGUAAGUGGGGGGGUGCCAGUGAGCUCCAUAUUUUAUCUGGAGUAAGAACGUCAGUCAUUCAUGGCGGCCAUUGACGUCCAAUAGCUCUGAAGGUCGUAAACAGCUUUUAUACCACCCCCCCCCCGCUAAUUCCAGUUUUUUAGUCAAUGUCAAAAUACGAAAAUUCGGUACACUCCUUGCCCAAUCUCGUUACCCGAGCCUGCGAUCCUCGGAAAGGAACGUGAGGUUCUGGGAUAAUCCGUUUCAGGGAGGAAUCUGAUUGGCCGUUGAUAUGGAAUACGCAGUUCGGUCUUAGCCAGGAUUCCUGGCUUCCGGCAACGGAUUAUCCCAGAGCCUCACGUUCCUUCCCGAGGAUCGCAGGCUCGGGGAACGAGAUUGACUCCUUGCAUGCCAAGAUGGCGGAAAUAGAAGGAGCUAUUGAACGUCAUUUCCAGUCCUUUUCUGUUGUUUUUAUCUGCGCGGUGAACGUUCUCGAGUUCUCGCUCGAGCAAAGAAAGCAAAGCUGAACUACGGACGCUGCUCAGCCUGGUCGAGUCGAAGGCUUUCUAAGGGCGCCUCUGGUAGUCUCAAGUCUGACAAUGGAGCACAGCUACGGUGAAAGGGUCAGUUUAGGUUGGGCUUCUAUACGUUUUAAAAUACAGUUUAAGAAUUAAGACAAGGUAUAUAUUCAACAGACUGGUGCAAGAUCUGAAACAAAACCAUAUGAGGUUCCCCUUAUAAGACAUUUGUCUAUAUAAUUGUUCAUAUGUACUGCUUAUUUAGGGUCCAUGUUCAGUUCCUGAAGAUGUCACAAUUAAUGAUGGGGUAAGCUAAAAGUCAUUAAGUAAGUUUUUUAUGUAUUAUAUCAAAUUAUUUCCCCUGCUUAGCAGAAAAUCUGAGCAAAACUGCAUAUUCUCUGUGCUUAGAAUAAUUCUUCUUGUGGUAUCACAACAUCAAACAACAUCACAGCACGGUUUUGUUGAUUUUUACAGGUUGCAGUAGUCCCUAACAAUCAAUCAAUGAAGAAACUUCCAAAGGUGGAAGGUCUUCUUUCCUAUCUUUCUGAUAAGAAGAAGCUGUAUAUCAAAGAAAAAUCUCAGUUCCGAUCUAUUGGCAAAUCAGAAAGAAGUACGUUUUACCUCAAGUUUUACUGCGGAUAUUAGUUUUCAAAAUAUAAACGUAAAAUUUCCCUCCCCCGCCUCAACUCCGGACAUUUUAAAACUGCCAGCUGCGACAGACAGGCAUUUACUCGGCGUACUUGAUUUUGUGGAAUAUAAUAGCUAAAAUACGACGAAGAAUACUGAGUCUUUUUAAUAACACACUGAAAAGACUGGAUGGCACAAUUGUUAUCAUAGUGUGCAAAGAGUUAUGCAUGCGAAGGGUUCAUUAGGAGAAAAAUGAAUUGCGACAACGCCUGUUGAGGAAGGGAGGAUCCAUCUUUUUUCACAAGAAUCGUGCAUUAGGUCAUGGGAUCACCAAUUGAUCGGCGAUUUUAAGCGAUAAAUGAAAGUGUUAUUAACCAAUAUAUCUACAGGAUAAUUACGCCUCGCAAUUAAUUAAGAAUUCACGAUUAAACUAAUCUUGUCUUUUUCAUAAAAAGAUUAAAGAUGUCAUUGGAAAGCUUGACAGGUUCAAGCAAGAAAUCAACAAUAAACUUACGACGGUGAAUAAAGGUAAUUAUAAUAAAGAAUUAUGAAAAUUAUUAGCAAGUUUUAUUUAGAUGCUUUACCUUGCCCUAACUUCGAUGUUUUAUUUUCUAUUUUCUAUUAGUUCAUUGGCUAAUACCACUCUUUUCCUUUUUAAAGAUGUUAAAGUGCUCACACACAAAUCAUGCAAACAAAUAUGGAUGAGUCAAAGGUAAAAUCUUUACUUUGCCAUUGUUCUAUUUUUUUUCAUGUUUGUACAAACAUGAUAAAGUAAUUGUCAACUGGUAUAAUUUCAUCGAAAUUGCUCAUCCCGUUCUCAAUUAAUCGCACUCUUGGAAUAUUCUUAACCGCACUAUUUUCAAAAGAUUUGUACAAGCUAGUCAUCUCAAAAUACAAAAAUCGUCGCUCAUUAUAGACGCUUUGAGUUUCCAGCGAGUUUUCUACAUAAGUUAUAUAAGCCAAAAAUUAAAAUGCAGAAUAUUUCGUUUAUCUUACAGCAACAAGGGAAGUCGUGUUUACCAAAUCAGUGUUGGAAACAAUCAAGUUAUGGACGUGUACUGUCAAAUGACGUCAGUCUCAGGAUGCCAUGGCGGUGGUUGGACAAUGGUGAUGAAGAUUAACGGAGACUGGGUAAGCCAAAACGAAGCCACAGAAUAAGUCAUAGUGAGUCAUACAGAAACCCGACUUCUUGGUUUUUCCUAUGAUUUCCCUGAUUUUGGCGUAACCGUAAUUCGCCAUCAAAAUGCUGACGCCAUGGUCCUAGCCAGUGCGCGUUUGAGAGGCAUUCCCCCCCCUGAUAAUAGUGAGCUCAAGCAAGUGACGUUUUUGACAACACGGACGUCGAUCGGAAGUAAAAUUGACGUUUUUCACCAAUCACAGCCCUUGACCUAGUCUUUCGACGUUACUCAUGCCGUUCGUGUUGUCAACAACAUCACUUGCUUAAGCUCACUAUUAUUCAAAAUGGCGGACGUCCGGGGGGGGGGAGGGGAAUGCCUCUCAAACGCGCACUGGCUAGGACCAUGGCGUCAGCAUUUUGAUGAUGAAUCAUGGCGUGGCAGCAGUUACUCGAGUCGACCUUCUGUGUAUCUUUAUUCUGUGACGAGGCUCUAUAGCCAAGAUGACGUCUUUCCAGAAGGGUGUAAAGGAUGAGGUUUCGGGUGAAGGUUGGGACUAAAUGUAACUUUGGGAUUGGGGUCAUGUUUAGGAAUAAGUUCGAGGAUUAGGAAUCAGAUUUAGGAUUAGGCUGAGAUGAAGGACUAAAGUCAAUCUGACUAAAUCUUAGCUUUUGUUUUUAUAGAGUACUUUCAAAUACAGUUCCUCUUAUUGGAAGAGCGAAGCACUUACAAUGACAAUGCCUAUGGGCGAAACGACGGUUUAGACAACCACGAAUAUAAAGGAUCGACUUACUGGAGAGCCUCAUUUAAACAAAUUUGUGUUGGUAUGAAAUUUGGUAGUCGUUUAAGAGCCUUCUCUUUCUCGUACCCGGCAUCAUCUCUGUAUAGUUUGAUCGCAGACGGAAAAUAUCGACAAACUCGCGUUGGUCGCGCGCAGUGGAAAUCAUUGAUCUAUGGAUCAUCCUUACAGAGUAACUGCAACCAAGAGGGAUUUAACGUGGAACAAUCAUCAAAUUACCCAAUUGUAAAAGUUCGGUUGGGCAUUAUUGCAAACCAAGAAAAUGGUUGUGAUUCACCCGACUCUUUCGUAGGCCUGGGAGCUGGGGGUGGUCUGAAUUAUCCCAAGCGCUGGUGUGGGUCUUCGCAUACAUCUGCCAACGCCGCGGGUAAUCUUGCCCAGUGUGGUGCAGACAACGGAAACAAGAAUUUCAGAGCCAUCACUGCAAAAAAUCCUGAGUAAAAUGUACUCAAAACCAUGAGUAAAUGAAUGCACCCAUAGUGACACAUAAUAGUGAGUAAAACUAACUCAUAAACGCGAGUAACAGUUACUUACAUUUUCGAGUGAAUCUCACUAAAAAAACUGAGUUAAAACUACUCAAAGUACACACAUGCAUAUAGUUGAUACAUUACUCAAACUUUGAGUAAAUGUUACUCAAAACUGGAGUAAUUUUACUCAAAAGAUGAGUUGUAGUUACUCAAAAAAAAUGCACCCAUACCGCCUCUUUAUUUUGAGUAAAUGUAAAGAUUACUCAAACUUUGAGUAAAUGUUACUCAAAACUGGAGUAAUUUUACUCAAAAGAUGAGUUGUAGUUACUCAAAAAAAAUGCACCCAUACCGCCUCUUUAUUUUGAGUAAAUGUAAAGAUUACUCAAACUUUGAGUAAAUGUUACUCAAAACUGGAGUAAUUUUACUCAAAAGAUGAGUUGUAGUUACUCAAAAAAAAUGCACCCAUACCGCCUCUUUAUUUUGAGUAAAUGUAAAGAUUACUCAAACUUUGAGUAAAUGUUACUCAAAACUGGAGUAAUUUUACUCAAAAAAUGAGUUCUAGUUACUCAAAAAAAAUGCACCCAUACCGCCUCUUUAUUUUGAGUAAAUGUAAAGAUUACUCAAACUUUGAGUAAAUGUUACUCAAAACAGGAGUAAUUGUACUCGAAAAAGAGUUCUAGUUACUCAAAUAAAAUGUAUGCCUAGUGACUCCUCAUUUGGAGUAAAUGUAAAGAUUACUCAAACUUUGAGUAAAUGUUACUCAAAACUGGAGUAAUUUUACUCAAAAAAGAGUUCCAGUUACUCAACUAAAAUGUACCCAUACUGACUCCUUAUUUCGAGUAAAUGUAAAGAUUACUCAAACUUUGAGUGAGCGUUUCUCAAAGCUUCAGAUUUAUCUACAUAUACCUCUAUAUAGAAAAUUUCAGUUACUAUGACGCAACAAAUACACGUACAGACAAAACCAAGAGUAAACACAGACAAUAUUUGGUGACUAAAUGUUAUAAUUAAUUAAUAAUCGUUAAAAAUCCACAAUGGACAGUCAAUACACAAUAAAAUCUGUCUGCAUGCAUGGAGCUGGCAAAUAACGCUGCAGCAGACUGAUAUCGAGAAAUCAGCAAACCGCUCUAUAGUGUAAAAUACUGGCUAUUUUGGAGGACGAGUAUGCAGUCCAGUUUUUAGAUAUAUGCCAGCUGUCUUCUUAUACACAUGAAUGGUUAAAUUCACCUUAAUACAACACCUAACAGAUUGUUUAUUUCUGUAAAAUAAUUUGGAAAUAUUUUUAUAGAAAUUUUAUUCGGAUUAUAUAACACAGAGCAUGAAAAGCUUGGGUUUACUGUGGCCGGGCUAAAACAAAUGUGUGACCAUUGCAUGAGUGUGUGACUGAAUCUGAACUUAACCUUUCAUGUGUAUAUAAAUCGUCCACAAAAAUUAAAAGUCUUGAAAAAAGAUUAUGAAUGAAUGAUCGAUCAAUUAUUAAAGUAUUCAUGCAAGUUUCAUUGUUUCAACUUCAAGGUUUAAUCAAGGUAUUAAAGAGAACAGUCUUCUAUAAAAUUAUAUCUGUAUACUUAUAUAAUGUUUAAAAUAGUUAUUGUAAAUUAUGUUCCUAGCAUAUUAGUCAAUCUAGUUGGCCAUCGAGUCCAGUUUAUUGACGAAGCUAAUAACUGAAGAUGGCAGCUUCUUGCCAUCGUUGAUGUUCAACACACACAUUUGCAAGAACAAACAGAAAUUAUUCAAGGUACCUGCGUACUCGAACAUAAAAACAUAAUUUACAGCCAUAAAUACCACAGCUCUUGACAGCUGCGUCCACCACCCACUCUUGAAACGUGAAAAGGACCAUCUUUUCUGCUACAAUAGCCGUCUCCUCCCAAUCAUCGGGGUCUCCCUUAAUGACUAUUUUCGGGCUUACUUCGUUCGCACUCUCGGCAGCAUCUUCAAAGCUUUCAUCCUCCUAUCAAAAAUAGAAGUGUAUAUUUAAAAAGAGAUUACAUGCACAUUUAAUUUCUAUUUACCUGCCUGAAGUAUAUAUACAACACAAAAUACAUCAUCAUUAAUUAAUAUUCUAUUUCCAUGCAUCCAUGUGCUUCCAUUUAAUAGAUUCAUUCAAUUCUUAUAGCUGUACAGCAAGUACACUGUAUAUAUGUGUAGCAAACACAUAUUAUUUACUCUUGAUUUCAAUUUGCUUUUGUAAUCUGACUUCAAAUGUUUGUUUGUAAGUUCCAGUGUGACCAGAUUUUUUCAGCAGUCAUUACCAAAAUUUUGUUCAAAUUUUACUAAAUUAAGAAAAAUUUUACCAAAUGUCGGCUUCCCAAAUAAUUACGUCAUGAUAAUGCCAAAAAAACAAUAGUUACGUCAUCAAAGUAGAAAAAAUAUUCACAAAAAGUGUCUCGAAAUACUUGUUGCUUUCAUCGUAUUGCAGUUUUUGCUAAUGAUAAGGCUUUAUUUCUUAGGCUUGGCAGUUCUGUUCAUCACUUUGAGCACGUUAUUAAACAAGAAACACACAUUUUUACCAACUAUUUUUAAUAAUUCAAACCUUUCAGAUUUUACCAAAAUUUUACCAAAAGAAACUCAUUACCAAAUUUUCUUGAAAAUUCACGAAAUUUUACCAAAAGUAAAACUGUUUACCAAAUCUGGUCACACUGGUAAGUUCAGAAUGUUCGUUGCAAUGUUAUGAGUUCCAGUUCCGAUGAUUUACGAUGAUUCAAUAGCUAAGCAAUUUGAUUGGCUUGACAUAUUUAACUAGCCAAUUAGAACUUAGCAAAGCUCGAUACAUUGUAAAUCAUCGGAACAAAUUCGAGAACAACUUUUGAACUUUGCAGCGAACAUUCCGAACUUACAAACAAAAAUUUGAAGUCAGAUUACAAAAGCAAAUUGAAAUCGAGAGUAAAGGCCGUAUAAACUCUGUAAUGUACAUGUAAACAAACACUUUGUUUACAUUUUGAAUUCAGUGCCAUAUUUGUAAAAUAUGAUAUACUGAGUUAAUUCUGGUUCGCUAUGCUUGUAUAACAGUACAAACUAUAAGAGUACAAACUAGAGUUUCAAUUCAAGAAAGUUUGAAAGUUGCGAAAUAUUAUCAACAGUCCAAUGGUAGGCCUGUGCAGAACGUAUGUGCGGAACAGACUUUACAUGGUCCUUUAAGCUGCUGCAGCAAACAUCCACUGCAGCAACAAAUUUAUAAUUCUUAUUAAUGAUUACUUACAGGGAUAUAUUGCACAAAGUCGCUCUGACAACCCUUUCCUGCUUUCAGCUUCUGGAGCAAUGGCAAAACCAGCAUUGCAAUGUCCAGAGUUUCGUCCAAAACAAAGUAAAUAAACAUUUAGGUAAUUAAUAUUCUGUUUAAUCGUAGCAUGUAUAGUUUCUUAAUGCUGUAUUUUACCAUAGGUGGCACAUUAAACUUACUGUUGAUAGUUUCCAUCUCUUCCCAUGCAUGCCUAUUAUAGUUUCCAUCUCUUCCCAUGGGAGCCUAUUAUCUUCUCAACCAUGUUAAAGAGGUUCUGAUAAAAGUGCUGUUGUUUUGUCGGGGAGCUAUUCUGGGGAGCUAUUCAGGUGUCUCAAACAAGUGCCAUGAACCUGAGUGAUUUGUUGCUCAAAGGUGGAAAAAUUGAAAAUCAUCAGUGCAGAAUGAAAAGGUUUACAUCUAAUUGCAUCCCCUUUCAUGAGCAGCUGGUUUUAACAUGCAGGUUAAAGGCGGCAUACACAACUGUCACAACAACAGGAAAAUGCAUCAACAUGAAUGCAUAAAAUUCAUGUCAAAAUUCAAGACAAACUGUACUGUUAUUUAAGUUUGUUGCCAAUUACAAACUGCAUGUUUUCAGUUAUUCUAUUUCUAAAUUUUGGUUAAAAUGAGUAGAAAUAAUAGAAUACAGUAAAUAAAUAGUACCCUUGCAAACCAGUUGCUCUAUUUUGAGUAGGAAAAAUUAAAAAUCAUUAGCACAGAAGGUAUACAGCCAUGCAUCUCCCCUUUCAUGAGCGGCUUGCUUUCACAUGCCACUCAAAAGAGGUGCUGGUAAAAGGCAGCAUAACUGCCUUACACAACAACAGAAAACUGCAUCAACAUGAAUGUAUACAAGCCUUAAAUUCUGUCUCAGUAGUUCUCACUGACAGGCAGCUCUGGAAUGUGCCACCUGAGUGAGCUAUUGGUUAAAGGCGGCAAGUGCCGGCCUUACACAAAAGCUGAAAAACAGCAAUACUGAGGUCAAAAUUCAAGACAAACUGUACUGUUAUUUAAGUUUGUUGCCAAUUACAAACUGCAUGCGCAUGUUUUCAGUUAUUAUAUUUCUAAAUUUUGGUUAAAAUGAGUAGAAAUAAUAGAAUACAGUAAAUAAAUAGUACCCUUGCAAACCAGUUGCUCUAUUUUGAGCAGGAAAAAUUAAAAAUCAUUAGCACAGAAGGUAUACAGCCAUGCAUCUCCCCUUUCAUGAGCGGCUUGCUUUCACAUGCCACUCAAAAGAGGUGCUGGUAAAAGGCAGCAUAACUGCCUUACACAACAACAGAAAACUGCAUCAACAUGAAUGUAUACAAGCCUUAAAUUCUGUCUCAGUAGUUCUCACUGACAGGCGGCUCUGGAAUGUGCCACCUGAGUGAGCUUUUGGUUAAAGGCGGCAAUUGCCGGCCUUACACAAAAGCUGAAAAACAGCAAUACUGAGGUCAAAAUUCAAGACAAACUGUACUGUUAUUUAAGUUUGUUGCCAAUUACAAACUGCAUGUUUUCAGUUAUUUUAUUUCUAAUUUUUGGUUAAAAUGAGUAGAAAUAAUAAAAUACAGUAAAUAAAUAGUACCCUUGCAAACCAGUUGCUCUAUUUUGAGCAGGAAAAAUUAAAAAUCAUUAGCACAGAAGGUAUACAGCCAUGCAUCUCCCCUUUCAUGAGCGGCUUGCUUUCACAUGCCACUCAAAAGAGGUGCUGGUAAAAGGCAGCAUAACUGCCUUACACAACAACAGAAAACUGCAUCAACAUGAAUGUAUACAAGCCUUAAAUUCUGUCUCAAUAGUUCUCACUGACAGGCGGCUCUGGAAUGUGCCACCUGAGUGAGCUUUUGGUUAAAGGCGGCAAGUGCCGGCCUUACACAAAAGCUGAAAAACAGCAAUACUGAGGUCAAAAUUCAAGACAAACUGUACUGUUAUUUAAGUUUGUUGCCUAUUACAAACUGCAUGUUUUCAGUUAUUUUAUUUCUAAUUUUUGGUUAAAAUGAGUAGAAAUAAUAGAAUACAGUAAAUAUAUAGUACCCUUGUAAACCAGUUGCUCUAUUUGAGCAGGAAAAAUUAAAAAUUGUCAGCACAGAAAGUGUACAACCAUGCAACUUUUAAAACGGGAUUUUUCUACAGGUUUCUUAGAAAAAUCCUGUUUUAAAGUGAAUUGAAAUACAUUAUAUAAUUAAAAUAAUUUUUGUUUAAUAACAUAAGGCUUAUAACUAAUAUUUAAUACUUAGUGAUUGAGUUAAUCUUUAUUGAAUUAUUGAACUACAAUGUCAAAAAGAAGCACAAUGGUCAAUGCCCAAAGAGAAGUACGUGGCAUUAGCGCGAAAACAUAAAACAUCUUUGUUGUCAUGUCGAUCAGUCCCCCCCCCGCCAAAAAAAAAAAAUUGCAUCUGAAAACAGACUAUAAUAUUACCUAUACAAUCCUAUUGGCUAUUUCUUAGUUUUCUCUUGACCAUUAUAAUCAUCAUUACAGAAGAUAGCUAUACAUCUACAACAUAGCAUUCCCCGUAAGAGUAUUAGGCUAAGACAAAAGCUGGUUGAAAAAACCCAAUGCGCAAUGACAAUGUUCAAGACGUAAAACUUCUAGAAUUAUACUUUCAGGCAGAAACCACUGUGUUAUUGCUGCAAUUAACACUCAAACAGAUGAAAGUAAAACCAACCUUGAUCCUUCAGAUUCUGGUGUUGCCGUUGGGCUUCUAGGCUGUUCUGGCAUUGCUGUGGAUGUGCACUGGUUGUCAGGAUUAUUUACGUCAUCUUCAAUAAUGAGUGUAGCCGGAGGUGUUGUAGCCUCCAAAGGUUUGGGCGCUUGGGGUUGGCAGUUUUUGUAAGAAAUUCAUUCGUGGCCCUAUUGAUGGAACUAACAAUUCUAUAAUGCUCGUUCAGUGAGACCUAUAAGGGCAGGUCCAUCAAUCAUAUUAUCUAAAAAAUAAAUUGUUGUCAUCUGAGACUGAACUCACAAAACUUAAUUUUACCGAACAGCCAAACAGGCGACCAGCGAGGCAAACACCAUAGUUUAUAUUUUGUAAUAAACUUUAAAAGUAAAUGUUACGUAAGUAUGUGGGGAAAUUUUCAGGUCGAUAUGAUGUUAUUUCGAGUCAUUUAUCAGGCCAAACACACACCGAAAAACGCGACGAGCACCCUGGCGUGGCGCGAGAGGAAAUAGAACAAUGAAGGAAAGUUAGAAUAUAUGUAGACACAAUAACCCAAUAUAUUACAGCGUAACUAAAUAUUUUAAACAGGAUGAACGUUACCUGUAAAUUAAAUCGAAAAACAGCGUCGCGUACUUGCAAAACGUGCAUGUAGACGCCAUAACUCUGUUUGUCGGCGACCAACUGAAAAUAUGAUAUCAUGCGCUUUCAAAUGAAAACAUACCUUUAAAACACUGGCAAUAGUCCUCGAAGCCAACUUUAAUAAGCCACGAUUGAACGUAUUCUUUUGAUUUUACCAUCUUCAAUACAAUUGAACGAUAAUUCUUCAGUUUUGCUCUACGCAAAGGAGAUAACUUGGCUGUCUUACUAUACCGGCUGCACUGAAUGAUCGAUAAAAAAUAUAUAGGAUGUAAUUUGACUAUGGCGCGUUAACCGCCUGUGUGGAUUUUGCGGUCGAUGAUUGGUUACUCAUGAUGAAAUGACGUUUUUAAUAAAAACAAUUUCGGCACUGUUCUAAAUACAAUGCCGAGCAGACAACUCCCACAUCCUGUAUGCAUCCUGUUAUAAUUCUAAAUCUCAUUAGAGGAUUAGUAGAGGAUUAGUCAUAAGUGUGACAAAAUGUGGGUGUAUAUAUUGCUAGAUCCCGAAAUAAAUAAAAAUGCAACAGAUUUUGCUACCUUUAAAAGCAAGAAUUAUUGUAACGUAGGAGUAUGACAUUUACAUAAUUGCAAAUAAAGUGCAAGACUAUAUUGAACUGGCCAAGAUUUAGUGUCUUUUACGUGCCCUAUAAAACUAUUUUGCGAAUCUGCUUCUAGUCUAGAUUUCUAAAUUCCCCCUAACUGGAAAACUACUCAGACUCAGUCUGGCAAAUUGCGAUCUGCAAUAUUUUUACUAUUAGCCGCUUUCCAGUCAUAUAUUACUCUUUAAGUUUAAAUGUUACUAAUUAUAAAGCUAAGCUGAUAACUGAACAAAAUACACUAUAAAGGUUAAAAUGAAUAUGUAAGUAAAUGUAUGCGAGUAAAUUAUACUCAUCAUUAAGAGUAGAAAAGUUGGUCGGUUAUUACUCAAUAUUUGAGGGCUUUUUUACUCAAAAAAUUGAGUUGGUGAAGUUUACUCUACUCUUAAGUAAAAAUAAAUUUCGUCAUUACUCAGAGCUGAGUAAAGUAUACUCAUUGUCUUGAGUGGUCAAUACUCAAAUGAUCUUACUCAAAAUACAGAGUUGUUGUUUACUCAAUUUAAGAGUAAAUUUCGUAAUUUACGCAGCAGUGAGUAAAUUACUCAAUUUAAGAGUAAAUUUUGUCGUUUACCCAGCAGUGAGUAAAUAAUACUCAUCGUCGUGAGUAGAGUUGUUCGUCAGUUUUUACUCAAAAUUUGAGUAAUUUUUUUGUUUACUCAAAAAAGAGUAAAAAAAAUGCUUUUACUCAAACAAUUGAGUUGGUGAUGUUUACUCCACUUUUGAGUAAAAUUAAUUUCGUCAUUUACUCAGUGCUGAGUAAAUUAUACUCAUUGUCUUGAGUGAUAGUUACUCAAAUUAUUUUACUCAAAAUACAGAGUUGUUGUUUACACAAGUUUAAGAGUAAAAGUAUUUUAACAUAAAGAAGGAGUAACAUUUACUCAAAUUAUUGAGUAAUUGUUGCAAUAACUCAUAAAAUGAGUAACAUUUACUCAUGCAUUUUUUGCAGUACAUACAUAUAUAUAUAUAUAUAUAUAUAUAUAUAUAUAUAUAUAUAUAUAUAUAUAUAUAUAUAUAUAUAUAUAUAUAUAUAUAUAUAUAUAUAUAUAUAUAUAUAUAUAUGUAUAUAUAUUGAUAAUUUUGUAAUUUUAAAAAAGAGAUAUUUUUAGGCGAUUUUUCAUUUGUAAGAAUAUUCUUAAAAAAUUAUCGUGUUACCAUGACAAUAACAUUGGAUACUUCAUGUCCGGAAAAUACAAUGGUUUUUUCAGCAAGGCGAGGGUUUCUGCAUGCAUGUAUUUUCUAGUUCCCUUCGGCUAUUUACACCCGGGGAAACGAAAGCAUUAGCGAAGUCUAAAGUUCAUCAAUAAUCGCGGGCGUGGGUCACCAACGAUGGGUGGUCAUCCUCACUGAUCUCAAAAAUAUGGCGGACUGUCAUGAAUAGCGGACACUGAUUGGUCCAACUUAAAGUUUGCAUUAUAACGACUGCAUGGCGACAGCGAAAUAGCAAACAUUUCUUGAUUUGAUGAUCCAUAAAUUUCUUGCAAAUAUAUUUCAUAUUUGCUCGCAUUUUUGCAAGAUUUUGUAAAUUUCAAAAGCUUUCUUAGCAAGAAAGGGCGAAAGAAUCGGCUAAAAGAAGGGAGCCGAUGUUAACGAAGGUAAGUUUGUUUUAAAUAUUGAUUUCAUGAUUGCUUUAAAACCCGACGGCCUUUGCGUAUAUGAAACAACUAAAGAAGACAGCAUAUAAUUCCAGUGCAUCUUUAAUCAAAGUUAUGUACAUGCGAGACAUUUGAAAUCAUUUUAUUGCAAACUCAAAGUUUAUCGAUAAAGCCAUUUAAUUAAAGGCAGUUCAGUUUACUGUUUAGUUUUAUAAAGAACACUAGUGAUUUUAAAACGUUUUGCGAAGCAUUCGUGGUUGAAUUUUACCUUCAAUUGAAGCUUAUAUUAUGUAUAAUAACAUGCCUAACAUAUAUAUGUUGGGAAAUUGAUAAUUUUGUACUUAAAAGUGAUAUUUUAGGCGAUUUUUCAUUUGUAAGAAUAUUCUUAAAAAAUUAUCGUGUUACCAUGACAACUAUAUACUUUAGUUACUUCAUGUUCGGAAAAUACAAUGGUUUUGUCAGCAAGGCGAGGGUUUCUGCAUGCAUGUAUUUUCUAGUAAAUUUUGUAUUUUUUAUUUCUUUGAGUUUUGUUCCAUGAGUUACCCAUGAGUUACACAACCAUUAAUUCAAAGCAAUUAGAGCUGUCAAAUUAUUACAAUACGUUAUAGCUAAUUUGAAUUUGAAAAGGUUCAGUUUUUUCUAUACACACCGUACAUAAAUGAUAAUGGCGAUAAUGAGUCGACAUGAAUAUACAUAACUCAAGCGGCAAGAGCUACUUAUAAUUGGACCGCAGAAAUACUGUGCCAAAAAGUUGCAAGCCUUAUUAAAAAAAUUAUUUUCAAUAUAUUAUAAUAUUAUAAAUUCCUAUUACUUUGCGGUAUAUUCGUUUCAAUGCGCCUUUCACUAGGUAAAUACAACCUAUAAUCUCCAUAUUGAAUAUAAACUGUUUUUAAUGUAUUCAAUCGACGAGUUCCGACAUAACGUAUAUUAGUAAAUGGAUGCUGACGUUUUAUACGUGCAAUCUUGUCAACGCCGACAAAUUAAUUCAAUAUUGAUCAGAUCAUUGUUAGCUUCAUUCAAGAUAUAAAGGUUCUCAAAAAUACUUCAUUAUCACAUGCAUUUAAUCUAUUAUAACAGGUGAAUGAAAAGUGAUGCUUUAUAUUUUUAGGAAUAUUGGCCUGGUUUAUGUUGCUGCCAUGCACCCUGCAUUUUAAUUUAUUCUUGUAGUGCGGUAUAAUUUUUUAUUUUGUACAGUUGAAAAUAUAAACAUAGAUAAAAACUAUUGAAGAAAUCAGUGCUUCCAUUUUCAAAAUCAAAAUUUCUCAUUUUUGUCAUGAAAAUUUCUCUAAAUUCCUUAGAUUGUAUACGUUAUUUCCUUGAAAUUUCCUUGAAAUUUUGUUAAGCAGUUUGCAGUGAUUUUGUAGCAAUACAAAUGAUUUAAUUAAUUUUAAAGGCACAAAAUAGCAAAAUUAACACAGAUGUGGGCUAGCUAAAAAACACAGGCUAUUAUACUAUUUAAAUAUUAAAUAUUUGUUAUGAGUUUACAACAUAUACGUUUCCACUGAUAUAAUUAAUUAACUAUUCAAAGUGUUUGGCGCCAGAAGUUACUAAAUCCCAUCGCUCAAAAACUUUCCUACGUUUUCGGAGACACGAAGAAAAAGUUAUAAACAGAUUUUUAAUUAAACGUAAUUGAUAAUUCACUCAAUAAUAAAAAAAAUGGUGAAACCUUCUUCUGCACCAAUGCACUUGGAUGAAUAUUUAAGUUUUUCGGAAAAAUCCUUAGAUUUCCUUAGAUUUUUUCUCUUCCUUAGAUUUUCCUUUUCGACCAUAUAAUUUCCUUAGAAAAGGAAAUUUCCUUGAAAAUGGAAGCACUGGAAGAAAUCACCAAGCAAAUAUUUCACUAAAUAUGUACUUUGACAGAUUUGUUUAGCAACCAUUGUUGUGAGCAUGCAAGUCCCAUGCAAGCAACUUUUUUUAAUUUGAAUUCUCAAAUUUUGCCAUUUACAACAUCGCGCAAUGUAAUUUAGUGAACUUCUAAUUCAAUUUAACGACACUGCCAUUUUCACUCGAUCGCUUUGGGUUCAUUCAAAUUUCUUAAAAUAUCUUAAUUUUUUUUAAUGCUGCAGAUUUGGAUGUUAAAUGUCUUCCUUGCACAUAUUUCAAGAAAGUGGAAAUUAAAUCUUUCCUUUAUGAAUGAAGAGAUUGUCAAAAUCUCAACACAUUCUAAUUAUUAUCAACAUAGUAGCAUUAGUAUGAUUUUGGUGUAAAAACUGCGGAAUAAUUAUGUUAUUUCACUUUUCUCUAGAAAGUGUUUUACUGCUUACUCCCAAAGCCACAUGCAUCCAUGGAUUUUUGCGAACACGUUUACCGUAGUUAAAACACGAUCUUCAAUUGCGUUUUGAAAUUCAAUCUUUCUUAGUAAGUAUAAUUUUUCACGAUAAAUUUUGACGAAAGUGUGCACAAUACAAUUUAUUGUAAAAGGAAGAAAUAACUUGAUCGUUGUAUAAUCUUCAACUGUUCAAUGCGCCAUUAAAAACCUGUAUUAAGAACGGUUAUAUUUUGGCUUAAAGUGAUGAGAGAAGAAUAAAAUACAAUGUAGAGGUACUAAAGUUAUGUCUUACGUACCAUAGCGAGUUAGUUUUUUUAAUGAUUUUCGAUGUUUAUGUACGAGUUUUUGCGUCAUUAAGUUUUUGUAUACAGUUUUAAAUUUGUAUUUUCUGGCCAACCUUGGGGAUAUAUUUUACAUAACGACGCAACGCUAUUGUGAUGUUACACGUACUUCAUGUAAUAUAGCCUGAUAACAAACCUACGUUUCGCUCGCCCUAAAAUUCGCGGGUCGACGAAGGGCGAAUCCAUAGACUUAGUACACGGUAAAUUCCUGCUGCAGUUUUAGCCGCUUGCCGAAAAUAUGCAUUGUAAUUUCAUUUUAGUUAGUAUAUGCAAGGUUAUAGAAAAUUGUGCUGGUUUUUUUCUGCCCGUAGUCACAGAAUAAGGAAUAGAACCAGAAGGGACACUCCUUUGAUGUUAGGCGGUCGCGCCGACAUAGCGGCGAGAGAGCGGCAUAGCGCGAGAGAGCGGCGGCUGUAAAAAACAUUAGACAAUUAUUGAGACAGACUUCAGACAAUUAUUGAGAUCAGAAGUAGUCAUUAGUCCAUACAAUUAUAGAGAUCAGAUACUUAGCUCUUAGUUCUCUCUGUAAACACGAGAUUGGGAAUACAUCGAGAUACAGUUAAUAUCGAAGCAUUUGUGAGCGAGAUUAUUUACAUAUUAACAGAAAACAGUCUUCGUUUUCGACACGUGGCACCUCCGACGCGACGAGAGGUUUUACCUGGAACAAUUGUGUGAGUUUAUUAUUUACGUGAUUUAAAGCAAAACUGCGAAAAUACAGCAUGGAAAAAGCGAUCGCUGAGUUAAGCAGUAAAAUCAAAAUAUUGAACUUUAGACUAGCGAAAACCGACGAAUUAAUUGAGAAAUCUGAUAAAGAAGCAUUAACGCGACACAAGGCAUCAAUAGAUAACAGUACCUCUACGGUUAAUACAUUAAAAGAAACAGUCGAAGAGAAAAAAUUUGCUAAAGGCGAGACUAAGGAAAACGUGCAAGAAUGGAGCGCUGAAAUCGAGGAAAAUUUGGCGGAAGCGGAUCGACAAAUAAGACGAAUCGACAAAAAGUCCGAAGAAAUGGUGGCUGGAGAAAAAGACAGAAUAAAUCGUUUGGAGUUCAUGCAAAAGCUAGAAUAUGAAAAACUAUUAACAGAACAAAAGCUACCACAAGAACAAGAAGCAACUGAGAAAUUACACGCAGAGAAAUUAUCCUAUGAAAGAGAAAAGAGAAAGCUAGAUCUGGAAUAUCAACAACAGUUGUCCAAGAAUAAGCAGUCGGCAUCUGAGUCAACAUUUUCACAAGGUACUGUAAAAAUGCCAAAGUUAGUUAUAUCCAAGUUCUUGGGGACACCCCAAGAUUGGGUGCGAUUUUGGGGACAGUUCGAGGCGCAGAUUCAUAAGGCCGAGGCACCCGCUGUGACCAAGUUUUCCUACUUAAAGGAACUCGUCGAGCCGAGAGUUAGUAAGUUCAUUGAUGGGCUCCCAUUUACUGAUGCAGGUUAUGGGAAAGCAAUAUCUUUGCUGCAAAAACGCUAAGGACGGCCUGCUGAGGUAGUCGAUGCCUAUGUUAAGAACAUUCUUGAACUACCCCAUAUCAAAGAAAGAGAUGUAGCUAGAAUACAUGAGUUUUACGAUUUCUUGCUGUUCAAUGUUGAGUCCUUGCAAACCUUAGAGAAGCUUAAUGAACUUGAUGCAGCUGUUAGAUUUACGCUUGACAAACUUAGUGUUAUAAAACAUGAGCUUGUUAUACUCGACGAGAACUGGAGUGAGUGGAAUUUCAGGAAAUUCACAGACGUUUUAGGGACAUGGACUGUCAACAAUCCUUUGCCAACCGGAAGUAAAUCUCGAAAGGAGCGGUUGCAUGCAUUGAAUUCAAGAAAUGGAGAUAGGGCACCUGUUCGUGUGUGUUGUUAUUGCGAAAGUAGGAACCAUAAAGCCAUUAACUGUGAUAAAGUGAAAGAUGUUGGAAAAAGGAAGAAGAUCUUAGCUGCCAAAAGGUUAUGCUUCAAUUGUACCGGUUCCAAGCACAGGGCAUCAGAAUGUAAAAGCCCCAUUUGUUGUCGUAAUUGUGAGCGGAAACACCACACAUCCUUGUGUGAUAAACCACCCAAGCAAUCUGAGACCCGUGAGCCUGGUAUGACCGCUAGCCAGAUCGGACAGUCGUCGGUUAUCCACUCUGUAGUAGUAGUUAAAGUCGAUGGGCUUAAAUUCCGUGCCCUUUUGGACUCUGGAGCAAGCCAUUGCUAUGUGUCGUCCAAGUUUGUGAGUCUUGAUAAACCUGAGCAGAAAACUUCAAGUGUGCGACAGAUUGCUAUGCUAAUGGGAGUAACGACGAAGAAAUUGAAAACUUAUGAUGUUGACAUUCAUUCGGUGAAUGGUGCUUUUAGUCUUUAUGCUACGGUUACUGAGAUUGCAAAACCAGAGCUCCUCACCUUAGAUAACCCCCACUAUGACGAAGUGAUUGAACAGCAUUCACAUUUACAGGGUGUGAGUAUGGAUGAUACAGACGAGAAGGCCCAAUUACCAGUCCACAUAAUAUUGGGAGCUAACGAUUUCGCUAGGAUUCGAACUGGUGAAUAUCUUCGUGUGGGUUAGCAUGGUGAUCCGGUGAGUAGUGAAGCCCCCCACUAUGGGGACGGAAGUAAUUAGUAUUCAAACUUAGGUGCCGGAAGUAAUUAGUAUGCAAAACUAUGACGUCACUUUGUUCGGCUAACACUCUGGCGGAAUUUAUAAUGAGCUUCCAAAAUCUAUGACAUCAGGUAGCGCGACUAAUUAACGCGGGCAAGCCUGGGCCAAAUGUGGCAGGCGAUCAAUUAGCAUUACAACUAGUUUCUGACAAAGUUGUAAUGAAACGACAAGAGGUUUCUCAUAGUUUGUAUGUAUAAAAGUAUGAAAUAGAAGUUAGUUCUUAAAACCUACCGUUAGCUCAGUUGGUAGAGCAAAGGACUGUAGUUAUUACCAAAUCAAUAUUCCUUAGGUCACUGGUUCGAACCCGGUACGGUAGAAUUUUUUUUUGCCUUACAACCAUGUAACAACGUUGUGAGUCCCUCUCUUAUUUUCAACAGGCAAUUGAAAUUCGUUUUAUUUUGUAAUGUAAGUUUCCAAACAGAAAUAAAAAAUAUCGCAACAGAAAUAAGCAGUUGCUAAUCCCGGGUUGUCAAAGCCGUUGUUAUGAUCGCUAUUUGCAUGUUGUUCAACAUUAUUUAGCAAUCCUACAUACAUAUAUACGGUCAAGAUGACCGAGUCAGAUAGAAUACUUGAAGGAAAAAACCUGUAGAACAAUUUAACAGUCUUAGUUGUAAUAUUUUUUGUCUAUUAUUUGUAUUAAGAAACAUGUUUUAAACUUUGCUGCGUUGUUAUGUGUUGCUAAGUUGUCAGGUGCCGUGUAGGUAAUUAAGGGAUUAGGCGAACAAAAAAAUUGCAUAACUAAGUGUAUCCCAAUGAAUAGAUAGGGAUAUAAUUACGUGUUUGGUGUAAGCAUAGUUUAUUUGAUUUUUAUGUCAAGGAACUUGUAAUGCCUUGGUGGCCGAAUGGUAUGGCAUUAGGGUUUGUCCCAAAAUAAGAGGGUCCGAGUCCCUCACAUUUUUAUCGAGUUAUACCCAUCUCGGAAGAGAUAAGUCGCGUAUAGCAGAUAGAUUUAUAACGCAGGUGUAUGCCUUAAUAUCAGGAGCGGGGCUUUGCGGGCAAAAACUUACACAAGAUUUCAGUGUUAAAACAGAUUUAUUUCUUUAAUAUGUUUUACAAAAUUUAGUAAGGUCUACUUCUAAGAGCGUAACGUUUAGGUGUUUUUGUUAUUUUUAAAGAGUUCUCAUAUUCUUGUCUAUCUUCUGGGGAUAACUUUGCACGUUUUUCCGGCUUCAUUGGAAUAUGUUUUGGUCGGUCGCUCAAUAUAAAACGUUCAUAAUCCUCUCUUGCUUUCGGAGUCAUUCGUGCUAGGUUACUCGGUUCGGUCCAAUCUGCUGGGUCGACCCAAUUAUGGAAAAAGUUGCGCUUGAGUUUUGGUCGUUCCUCUUGUGUUGGUGGUGGUGUAAGGAAAUUAGGUUUAAGAAUAGCAGGCACUUGUGGUAGUAUUUCUGCUAAUACAGGAAUAGGAGGCACUUGUGGUGGUAUUUCUUGUGCCAUCUCUGCAGGCGCUUGUGGGAUACUUUGAGCAGGAAAUCCUGGAGAAGAACGAGCCAUCUUAUCUUUCAAUAUGAGAAAUCGGUUUAGUUGAUCAAAAUAUAAUUUGCUUUUUUCCACUGCGCUAAGUUGUGGUGCAUCCAUGAUUUCUUUCAUUUGCUGCUCGGCAUCAUACAUGGCAUUUAGAAGCGGUGGUUGUUGAUACGAUUGUUUUUGUAUAAACCUUGCAAUCUCGCCGGGAAGUAUAUUCGUCUUAAGUCGAUCUUCAUCACUCGUUGUUGGUUUUAAAUUCAACAUCAAAUAACCAUGAGGGCGGCUCGUAGCAUCUUCAUAACUCCUCAUAAAUUCUUGUACUUUUCCAGGAUCUACUUGCCUUGUAAGCGUAGAAAUUUGCUGUUUAUCUCUUGGUGACUUGAACAGCACAAUAUAAUGGACGUUUAGACUGAUAUUUCUCAUUUCUUUGCUUUGAUGGAAUAUAUUUUGAACAAUAUAGAUGAUAGAUAAAUUCCGAUGAUGACUUCCUUUCGUAAAAAGAUCAGCUGUACGUUGGUCUUUACUAGAUUGUGCCUUAAGAUCAUCCAAUACGAUCGAAUUUCGUUGCGAUACAUCCAAGUAAUCUCCGUUGUCGAUAUCGUCGGGAAUGCCUUUAUUGAACUCGAUUCCAGGCAUCGUCCCCAACAUAUCAAAGUAUGAUGGUUGCCAUUGACCAUAACACCAGAUGAUACGUUGAGGAGGUGGACUUAUAGUUUUCUGUGCGUUCUCCAGGAGAGAUUUCACCCAUACAGUCUUGCCGCUUUGUGUACACCCGGCUACGAUACACGUAAAAAGAUGCUGCAAAACUGCAGAUCCAUUAGUCGUCAUGCGAAUGUUGUCGGUUGGUUUUUGAUCAUGCACUUUUUGUUUGUGUGGAUUUAAAUUGAACGGUUUAGAGAAAUAUUUUCCACAGAUAUGACAUUAAUGAGACAUGUUUACUCUAUGACGAAUAGUUAGAAAAUAAAUCUUUCAAAUAUCAACCGAGUCUAUAUAACUAGUAAGUAUGUCGUAGUCAACUCCCUAGUCUCGGACCCAAGCUACUUAGGCUCGGAGCCGAGCUCCUUAGGCUCGGAGACGAGCUUUUUAGGCUCGGAGUCAGCUCUUCUGGCUUGGAGCCGAGCUGCUUAGACUUGGAGCCGAGCUCCUUAGGCUCGAGCUCGGAACCAGUUCCUUAGGCUUGGAACCGAACUCUUUAAGCUUGGAGCCAGCUCCUUAGGCUCGAAGCAGAGCUCCUUAGGCUCGGAGCCUUAUCCCAUACCUGUGUUAAAAGCGGCUUUCUGAUUGGUUUAGAGCAGGUGAGGUUGUCGUCGAGCUCACCUGCUUUUUGCCGAACUCACCUGCUUUUCGCCCGAGCUCACCCGCUAAACUGCUCACGUUGCAAUAACAAUAACAAAUAUGGCGGACAAGAUUUAGCCGAUAAACCUAAACUUUAAAGAACUUUUUUCGGUGACUAACAUACUGAGACUGAAGAAAAACCAAAGAAAAAAUGCAAUAAAGGUAAUGUAGACGUAGAUAAAGAAGUAUUUUCUUGCCCAGUGAUUUUUUUGGCCGGGAAAAUGUUCACAAAACAUCGACGAAUAUAUCGCGAAGAACUACAAAUGUGUGUAUGGCUCAGUGUAUGGGAUAAAAACCAAACGUACUUGCAGGUUCGGUGAGUCCGGGAUUGGACGCACCUCGGGUGGCUGGAAGUUUCCCGAACUUACCUCGCUUCGCUCGGUAAGUUCGGGAAACUUCCAGCCACCCUCGGUGCGUCCAAUCCCGGACUCACCUCCCUGCAAGUACGUUUGUUAUAGAGCUCCUUAGGCUCAGAGCCGAGCUCCUUAGGCUCGGAGCCGAGCUCCUUAGGCUCGGAGCCGAGCUCCUUAGGCUCGGAGUCAGCUCCUUAGGCUCGGAGCCAGCUCCGAGCUCCUUAGACUCGGAGCCUUGUCUAAAUUGCUUUCUCUCUUCCGAUAUAAGCUUCCUUAUUGUUGUGUUUUGCUCAUUUGCUUCCAAACCGUCGAACAGAAAUGAUCAGUCUUCUAAGGCACAAGCCAUAUCUUGAAUUGUUGGGCACGUCCGAGCCUGUUCAACAAAAAGCACUACUGGAAACAGCAAGCGCCGAACAAGUACACUGCCUGUGUCUCUGUGUAGAAAACGUUAUGAAAAGAAAAUAUUUAAUUUAAUGCCGAAGCAUGUGAUGAAGAAACUCCGACCUUACAAAAAUGAAAUGCUUAGCUUGGCAGAUGAAAAUGUGGAAGAAAAAAAACGGAUACUCGUUCAACGUGGUGAAGGUUUCCUUGGACUGUUACUAAGUCCUAUUUUGGAAAGCCUGACUGAACUUGUAUAAAAGCCCUGUGAUUACAAUUUAUACAUAAUUUCAACAAUGAACAUCGAGAGUAAACAAUAAUGUCAAAAAGCUACAGCAGAAAAAAAUUCUACGUUCUAUUCUUAUAUUAAGUGAUAUAUUAACUUGGAAUCCUCAGGGGGAGAUUGUUUAUCAUGGAAGAGACAUUGCUGGUACUAACAUCGAGAACCUUUUACAAUACGCACUUUUACCCUACAACUCUCACAUUCCUGAACCACGAGGGCUUGACCUGUUUACAAAAGGUUUAGUAGAAGCAGGGGUUAAUAAAGAUUUAAUUAAAAAUAAGUAUUUAUUGUCCAAAAUGGCAAAGGAGGAACAUGAAAUGCCACAAUCAGAAAGUGAUGUUGAAAGCGAAUCUGGUGAAGAGAACAGGGAAUCUGACAAGAGUAAUAAUGAAAGCGAAUAUGAUGAUAAUGAGGAUGAUGAUAAUAAGGAUGAUGGUGAGCCCAAGAAACUAGCUUGUAACCAUUGUGGUAGAGAGACUGGUCACAUUGUAUACUUAAUGAAGUGCCCAAGAUGUUCGUGGAAAGAUUUCUACUGGGGCAAAGACGCUCAAUGUAUGAUAUGUGAUGAACAGUCACCUCUACUGUUUUCGCAUGUCAUUGGUUUCUGCGAGCUAUGUUCGUAUGGUACGUCUAACACCAAGACGGGUGGAGUGGAGUUCACACCAAAAAUGGACAAAUAAAAUAUCCAGCAGAUUGGACCGAACGUGACCUAGCAAAAUGACUCCGGAAGCAAGAGAGGAUUAUGAACGUUUUAUAUUGAGCGACCGACCAAAAUAUAUUCCAAUGAAGCCGGAAAAACUUGCAAAGUUAUCCCCAGAAGAUAGACAAGAAUAUGAGAACUCUUUAAAAAUAACAAAAUCACCUAAACGUUACGCUCUUAGAAGUAGACCUUACUAAAUUUUGUAAAACAUUUUAAAGAAAUAAAUCUGUUUUGGCACUGAAAUCUUGUGUAAGUUUUUGCCCGCAAAGCCCCGCUUCUGAUUUUAAGGCAUAUACACCUGCGUUAUAAAUAUAUCUGCUAUACGCGACUUAUUUCUUCCGAGAUGGGUAUAACUCGAUAAAAAUUUCGCCAUGUGAGGGACUCAAACCCUCUUAUUUUGGGACAAACCCUAAUGCCAUACCAUUCGGCCACCAAGGCAUUACAAGUUCCUUGACAUAAAAAUCAAAUAAACUAUGCUUACACCAAACACGUAAUUAUAUCCCUAUCUAUCCAUUGGGAUACACUUAGUUAUGCAAAUUUUUUGUUCGCCUAAUCCUUUAAUUACCUACAUGGCGCCUGAUAACUUAGCAACACAUAACAACACAGCAAAGUUUAAAACAUGUUUCUUGAUACCAACCUCGUACCCAGGGCAUUUUGCUUCUGAUCAGCGAAAAUGGCCCUGGCAUCGGCCGGUCACAUGAUCUCAAAAUCUCCAGUAUUUGGGGUGUUCAAUUAUGAUAAUUUAUGCGUAUAAGUACGUAUAUAGAAUAAUUAUACACAUUGUAAUUACUACAGGAGUAAACAAACUCAAUGCUGCGUAUAUAAUCAAAGAGAAAGCAACAAAAUUAGUUGACUUUAUUCGGUUUUCGUUGUCCACGCUUCAUUCAGCAACAUAGCCCGUAAUAUUGAUGACUUUUAAACAUAAUUUAAUAAGUAACUAAACAAAACAAGGUUUGGUUUAUAUAAAUCGUGUUUAGUAUGAGAAAAAAAACCAUUUGUAUCACAAUCUUUAUUUGACUAUAACGCUGUACGUUUCUUGAAAUCAACGAUGUGUAAACAACGCAUGUGAGAAAUAUAUGUUGAACCGAAGCAAAUACUCGUCUAUACAAAAUAUACAAAGACUUAAUUUGGACCAAAUUGUUUUGUGUUGUCUUUCCCUAAUUCAUGCUGUAUCUCAAGCGAAAUUUAAUGUCAAAAAUCUUAUUUGCUCAAUACUUUAGUCCUUCAAGAACUAAUUAUAAAUUUGUCACUCCACUCUCGUUCCACCAAAAUAAUAAUUAUUCCCGCAUAUAUUGAAUAAUUACAUUCAAAAUCAUUGACCAAUCAGGUUGCAAAACAGACCAGCCGAAGCCAGGGCCUUUUUCACUGACCAUCCAACCGCGGAAGCAAAAAGCCCUGGGUACGAGGUUGUCUUGAUACAAAUAAUAGACAAAAAAUAUUACAACUAAGACUGUUAAAUUGUUCUACAGGUUUUUUCCUUCAA